UCUGACGCAGCUCGAGCGAGUGGACUAUCAAAGUUCUGUACAUAUCACCUACUAUACGUACGGAUCCACUGGAUGCUUACUAGAACUGCGUACUUUCAGUUACACUGUUGAACACUGAAAGAUGGGAGUUACACAACAGAUAUCCUCACACGAAAUGAGCAGAGUGAUGAAGAGUGCUGUAAAGGGGGUAUUGUGCACAGUAAUUUACAAUAUGGAUCCACAAGUCAUGCUCCCAAUGAUUUGCGAGACUGGAAUUCUUACUGUGGAUGGUAAUGAUCCGUACUAUGGAAAAUUAAAUAAUAUGAUUCGACAUGGGAGAGAGGAUAAUUCGGUCAUAAACCACACCCUGCUUGACUAUCUGUUCACUCGACACAAGUGGUGGAUUGUUUUCAUCACUGUCUGUCAACAGUGUGGAUACCAUGGAGUCAUCGAGGCAAUUGAAGGAAAGUUGACAACAACUGAGAAAUCUGAAUUACACCGGCAAAUACAACGCAGUACAAGACAGCCCAGUAUUGAGGGAAGAGCAGAGAGACACAGCCUGUCACAUUCACACAGACCACCAGGUGUCCGGCAACAUUCCUGUGAGCUAAGCCUCGUUCCUCCAACCAUGGCCACGCCACCAAGUCAAAGAACAGAUCCUGCACAGGGAAACAUACCCAGCAACACUGGUCGAUCUCCUGGACCGUUGAACGAACUCCCUCCGCCACACAUGCAAACUCAUAUUCGUUCAUCGCAGAGCAGUCGCGACAGAAAGCCUGAAGGACCACAGGGCUUGUCACUUUCCGACAGCAGACGACAAUUUGAGAAACGUUCGUCUGAUUCAAACGUAUUGGAUGAAACAUUAGCAAAGGCCUCGACCCGAACAACAGAUCCUACACCGGGUAACAUACAGUUGAAAGGUGGUCAAAUGGACGUAGAGUACCAGAACACAGAGAUGAACAGUAACAUUGGACGAUCUCCUGGAGGCCUGAUUGAUGACGAGAAGAAAAUCAAUAUCACAAAGGAAUAUAUCCAUUUUGCUCCAAAGACCGAAGGAACAGAUACAAACAACCUGUCUGAAAAUGCACCCUACAAUUCUAAAGAGGUCAAAACAAAUGUGGGAACAGUCAGUAACAUCGGUUUGAAUAUUCCAGUUCCGGAUAAAAAUGCAGUAGGUUCGAAUUUGACAGGUGACGAAUCAAACAUGGUCAAAGUCAGAAAUAUCUUGUCACUUGAGAAUCCCAAGAUCCAAAACCAGAGAGAAGAUGACAUGGAUACUAGUGUCGUCACCGAUGAUGUAACAAACAAAUGGAUAUACCCCAAUAUUCGCUAUGACAACGGUGAAGGAAGAGAUGAUGACAAUGGGAAGCAGGACUCUCCUGCUAUGGAUGGAUCCGACACAGUACCUUAUGUUAGUAGCUUAAUCAUUCAGACACAGCUUGGCCAGCAAAGAAAGCGUCAUGGUACAGCAUUUGAUCAAGAACAGGUCAUUGUUGAAUAUGAGAGCAGAGAAAAAGAAAGCUUGGAAGCUGAUCCGCCAGAGAAGGAACACCGACAUGAUGUUGAAGGUCGAUAUCAUAAUUCCGAGGAAACGUAUCGUAAAGAGAGUCAAAGUGUGAACAGCCAACAUACAAAUACACGAUGUGACCACCAGCCCAAGGUGAUGAAUACCGAGAGACCCAACCCAGAAUUCUCCGCAUCAGCUGAAACACGGGCAGACAGUGAUGUCCCCUGUGUAUCCGGCCCUGACCACGUGUCUGAAAACGCUUACCUGGUUGGUAAUAUUCCCAAUUUUGGAUUGCUGGGUGAUGCCGCCUUCGAAACGACAAUACAAGGUGGUGAUAUCUCAGCUGAUUGGAUUGAAGAGGAAACUUCACAGAAUGCCGUUUCUGACAGUCCGGGAGAUGACGCAUUGCCCACCGUUGAUAAUGGUUCGAAUCCGACAAACCCAACCAAAGUGAUGUCUGAGAAGAGAAGGUCCUCUGCCAACACCGACAAAGUAACUUCAAAUGCACUGCAACAGGCUUGCUCGCCUCUACGUGAAACUUCCGGUGGGAGUGUAUACCUUUCUCCAUACUACAGUCCCCGAUCUAGCUAUCCGCAAGCAGCAGACUAUACUCACAUUCCACCUCCAGCCCACAUUUUGUCACUGUCUGACACAUCUGAACCUUCCCCUAUCCAUGAGAAAUUAGCUAAGAGGGCACUUAAACAAAAGACCGAAGGAGCAAGUACAGUGAAACCCCGUUAAUCCACAGCCUGCUAUUUUGCAAACAUUUUCAUCAGUUUAAUGAUGGGGCCCCUGAAGGUCCGGGUUACAAUUGAUCUUCAGUAACCCAUGCUUGUCGAAACUGGCGACUAACGGGAUCGAGUGUUCAGUCUCGCUGACUUGGCUGACGUAUGUCAUCGUAUACAAAUUACGUAGAUGCUCAUGCCGUUGAUCACUGGAUUGUCUGAUUUGACUCGAUUAUUUACAGACCACCGCCAUAUAGCUUGAAUAUUGCUGAGUGUGGCGUAAAACCAAACUCACUCACUGUUUAAUAAUGGACGUUCACAUGUAUAUAUCUGCAUGGGGUCAGAACAGAGAUUCCGGUGGCAGUAUGUCGUCGGCAACCUAUACUAGUGAUAUUACAUCGUCUGGAUUACAUUGUAUGGGUUAACGACGUGAUCAUUACAUGUCAUUGUACCCUCGAUAGUGUGGGACGUUGCACACUAUAUCAAUCAGUUGACUGUGUGGUCCAGAUACGAUCAUUAUCACCGGCAUAUACCUGGAAUAUUGCCCAGUUUGGGUUAACCCAACAAAGCCCCUACAAUCCUGAGACUUUGUGGGAUACAUAGCAUGUAUGCAGAUUGGACACGAAACACGGCGUCAGAAUAUGGAGCUUUCUUAUGACUGUUGUGUCCAUACAACACGGAGGCAAAAUAUAAAUAAUCACACUGACGAACCUUGUGUCCAUAAUCACACUGACGAACCUUGUGUACAUAAUCACACAGACGAACCUUGUGUUAAAUAAGACAUUGACGAACCUUGUGUGCAUAAUCACACUGACGAACCUUGUGUACAUAAUCACACUGACGAACCUUGUGUACAUAAUCACACUGACGAACCUUGUGUACAUAAUCACACUGACGAACCUUGUAUUAAAUAAGACACUGACAAACCUUGUGUGAACCAUCACACUGACGAACCUUGUGUGCAUAAUCACACUGACGAACCUUGUGUACAUAAUCACACUGACGAACCUUGUGUACAUAAUCACACUGACGAACCUUGUGUACAUAAUCACACUGACGAACCUUGUGUACAUAAUCACACUGACGAACCUUGUGUACAUAAUCACACUGACGAACCUUGUGUACAUAAUCACACUGACGAACCUUGUAUUAAAUAAGACACUGACAAACCUUGUGUGAACCAUCACACUGACGAACCUUGUGUACAUAAUCACACUGACGAACCUUGUGUACAUAAUCACACUGACGAACCUUGUGUACAUAAUCACACUGACGAACCUUGUAUUAAAUAAGACACUGACAAACCUUGUGUGAACCAUCACACUGACGAACCUUGUGUACAUAAUCACACUGACGAACCUUGUGUACAUAAUCACACAGACGAACCUUGUGUUAAAUAGGACACUGACGAACCUUGUGUGCAUAAUCACACUGACGAACCUUGUAUUCAGCAUCAGUUGGUGGAUUAAGGCAUUAACAAGGUGUUAGGAGCAAUUUCUAUCUUAUUGACCUUUCCCCUGAUUUUGUUGAUAUAGCAUUUUAAUGAACUACGUAACUGGCUUGCUCACGAACACAAACGUGUAGAUAGCUAAAUAAUCAGCUUUAUCCUUCAAAUAAGUGUAUAAAACAUGAGCAUUCUGUUAUAAAUGACACUGGGUUGCUUCGGAUACUGUAACUUUAGACAGUGGAAGGAAAACAGUAAAUACAAGCAUUCCAUCCUGAACUAUUAGGGGUUUAAGUAAUAAAGUCGUUUUGACAUGAA